UGUGUGUGUGUGUGCGUUGGGCGGCUGGGUGGGUGUGUCUCGCGUCGUGUGCCGUCUGGUGCCCAAAAAUGGAAGACGCUACGAAGAAUAAAUCAUGAAACGCACUCAAUGAAGAAAAGAAAGACAAAUGAAAUGACUUGGUAGAAAAGAAAAAAGAAAACGAAAAAAAAGAAAAGGGAAAGGCGUCGAAGGAAAGGGAAAUGGGUUUGAUAAUUGAGAAACAAAAGACGAAAGACGAAGUGAUAAGACCAAGGCAGAAAGACGAGAGAACGAGGAAGAAAGUGCGCGAAGGAGGAGGAGGAGGAUUAGGAAAAGGAGGAGGAGGAGGAGGAGUGGGACCUUCGCAAAUGCACCGCCACCACAAUGGAGGAGGAGGCGGCGGCGGCGGAGGAGGUGGAGGCGGGAGAAGCAGUGGAAGUGGAAGUAGUGGCGAGGAGCCGAGAGGGCGGAGGCGAUGGAAGCCGAUUCAAGUGGUGACGAUGGCGGCGAUAAGGGAGAGCAACAAAGCCAGGAGCAGGUCGGCGAAGAGGCACAAAGACAAGUCAUCCAUAACGGCGAGAGGCGGCGAGAAGUCACGGCGAGGCAGAGGAGACAAUGACACCGGCGCCAGGGACGGAAGGUCGUUGAGGAGGGGCGCCGAACUUCAAGGGAGUGUCAGGAGUCAUGGCUCUGGCACUGGCACGCUGUCUGGAGGCAAGCACAGGCAAGGAGCAUCAUCGCGUUCGGCUGGGCGGCUCGAACACUCCUCCAGCUUCAACCGAAAUCACAUCAACAACAAGAGCUUCAGGUCCAGCAGCGGCAGUACGAGGAGAAGCACAAAGAGUGUCAGAAGCUCCUCUAGUGGGACUCCAUCGGGUGGCUCCAGACGGCCCGCUCGACCCAACUCCCUCACCGCCACCUUCCAGACCCUCGUCCCACUCGCGGCUCUCUCCCCCACUCCCUCGGGGCCUGAUAUAGCCACACGUGUAGCUCUUAUUGCUUGUGUUGGCACUGGGAAGAGUGGUGAGGGGUCUGGAGGGGCUGGUGGGAGUGGAGACAAUAAUAUUAUCGCCUCUGGUAGUGGUGGUGGCGAUGGUGGCGGCGACAAUGUAAUCAAAGCGGAGGAAACACAGAAAGCGGAGGUUUGUGACCCACCUGCUGCCGAUGGAGACGCUCACGACACGAAACCCGACCUCAACGACGGCGAAAACCAACCCGACGACAUCACUUCGAUUUCUGCAAGCGAAGCAAAUGCACAAGAAGGAGAGAGCGAGAUAAAGCUUCAAAACGAGGAAGAUCCCACACCAGAUGACUCGACAUAUGACGCCGAAGAUAUCGAAAACGAAAUCCUUAGCAUCAUUGCGACACUCACGGGCGAUGGGAACACGCAGGAAGAGUCCACUACUGAACAUCAACUCGAGAAAGACUCCACGCUUGCCAAUUCGACAUCCGACGGUGAAAACAAUGAAAACUACAUCGCUGGCAUCCCUUCGAUCCCCACGGACGCGGAAAAUAUACAAGAGGAAGGGAAAGAAAAAGAUAACGAUACUAUCUCCACCUAUUCCAUGUACGACAACGUGACAACCGAAGACCACAUCAGUGACAUCUCUUCCAUCCCCACAGACACAAGAAGCACACGAGGAGAUGAAAAGGAGGAAGAAAAGGGAGAAAACGACGCCAAACCCCCGGACGAGAAAAUUUUCACUACGGUCCUCCAUCGUACGAGUUUCAUAGAAGAUUCGGACGAAAACGAAGAAACCCAACGUGGGCAGGAUCAAAGUCAGCGUGAGUCGUGGCCGCGGCGAGUCUCUCUGAAGAUGUAUAUCACAGAGGAGUCAUAUGCAGUGGAGGGGGAAGAGGAAGACGAACGGCCGCUGAAGGAGAAAGAUGAACGAGCGCGAGGUGGAACAUUUAUCGUCGCGGAAGAUGAAGCCAGACAAAGAAUGGAAGACGAGAUCGAUGGGAGAAAGAAGCAAAUAGAAGGCGAGUCGGAAAAAAGAAAGAGUGUAGAUGAAGUUGAAAGGGAGAUAAAGACACGAAAGGUAGAGGAGAAAGAAAGCGAAAAAGAAGAAAAUACAAGACACCAAGACACCGAAGCCAAAGAAACAGAAGAGGCGAAAGAGGAGGAAAUGGAAAGACAAGAAACGGAAAGCAAGGAAAACCAAGAAACAGAAGGAGCACAAGAGGAAGGAGAGAACAAGACAAAGAAACAACUAUUAAGGGAAGAGAACAGAAGCCGCGGGACUGUAAAUGAUGAUGAGGAAGCCGAGGCGACGGAGAGCGACAAAAAAAUGACGGAAGGGACCCCGAUGUCACCUAAUGAAGAAGGUCUCGAGGUGAUGCCGAUACCGAGGACGACGCAGAGAGGCGAAGAAGGAGCGAGGGGAGAUAACAGCGCCGUUCCUAAUGAAGAGAUCGCAAGGAAAAUGGAAUGCGACGGAGACACUGCGCGGAGACAAGACCAGGAGGAAGAGGAAGUGGCGGCGGAAAGAGUAACGAAUGGCAAAGAAAACGAGGAGAAGAGGGAAGAUACUGCGAAGGACCAAGAAAAAGGGGUGACUGAGAAAAACGAAACCAAUGAAAAGAUGCAAGACAGUAAUGUAAAAAGUGACGAGGAAGACGGUGAAAUAAGGAAAAUAAAAGCCAUAGCGGACGGUCUGCGGGAAAUCAGAGACCAUGAGGAAGCCAUAAUAGAAAAUGAAAUGACUAAGGAGAGGCAGGAAGAGGAGGAGGAAGAAGAUAUUGAUGAUGAUGAGGAGGAGGAUAGAGGAAAAGGAAAUGAGGAGUGCAACCUGAUCUCUCAGGAAGAAAGAGAUGACAGUUAUGGAAUGUCAGACGCCGGAACGUUGUACUACCGUCAGCAGCUCCUCAAAGGUACGUUAUUAUAGACGUGGGUCACUGGUGCCAAAUUCGCUGCUUUAGUCCCUUCCAGAAAUUGACCCUCCUACC